AUGACCACAACCACUGCUUUGUUUCUGCUGGCUGGAAGUCGGCAACAAAAAAAGCAGUGGCUGUGGUCGUUUUCACCUCCCGUAUAUCUUCCGCACGGGCUAGUUAAUAACGCGCUCCGCACCUGUCGGACGCGCGACCGCACAAAGCUGCUGUGCCGGAAGGGCGGGGCGCCAUUGCUUUCAGCAGCUGCACCGGUGCGGCCAGGCAGCGUGGCUGUGGGAGCCUGCACGAUCUUCUGGGCGGCCAGCGAAGCCAGAGCCCAGGCCAUCAUCGGCGGUGGAGACGUCGGCCGAGGAAUGGGCUCGUGA